GGACAAUACAACCGCACACGCCAGCCGUCCGCUAGAUAGUCGUCGCAGUACAUCGCCAUAUUAACCAAUCCUCCGAGCGCACAUCUCGAGAUGGUACCAAAACCGCAAGGCGCCGCCGUUCAGUCGGUCACACAUCGACCGCUACCUCCACUCCCGAAGCUCCGCGUCCGACGACCGAAUAAGCCUGAGGCAAAUCCAUGUUUAGGAGCAAUGUCAUCAGUAUUGGGAUGCUGGGCGUCCUCAGGAUAUAGUGUUCAAGGUUGUGCACAGCUUGAGCAAAAGCUACGGCAGUGCAUGGAUGCGCCACGCGAUUUGAACCCAAAGAAGAACAACAUCAACUACCACUUGUCGAGAAUGUACCCCAAGAUCGUCGGCCCUCAUAAGCGGAACUAGUCCCUCCGCCCUGUUCAUCGAACUGUACACUAUUUGUCCUGCAAGAGGCGGAAUUUACGAAGCAUUAUCCUACACGCUUGGACAGAGGCAAGUCGUCUCUGUAUCAUUGGGUUGGCGUUCAUAUUAGGCUGGAUUAUUGUACGUACGCACUAGAAAGAGUCGAAUGAUCCACGCGUAUAGCCGACAGAUCACAAUAAAAAUUCAAAUAAACCAUUACCGAAGCGCCAUCUCCUAGACUUAUCAAUUGGCGGCGAUAUUGAAAAUCGAGAAGCAAACAAGGGAUAACUGAGACGAUCGCAUCGAAGUUGAGAGGUGAGCCCACCUACUGGAGAAUGUCAUAAGGAAGGCGUGCCACAGACUACCUUUCUCGACCAUCGUUGUCUUAGGAUGCAAGGUGGCAAACUCUUUUGCAACCAAUUCAAUAUGACAGGAUGUUCCUCGCGCCACGGAAUGAUCUUGGGUUUUAUGAUGGUAUAAUAUUCUUCAGACGUUAAGUUGGU